UUCAAAUUGUUAUUCGCGCCAGAAUUGCGCACGCCAAACUAAGGGGUAACCAUCCAUCAUGAAUUUUGUUGCAUUCUCAAUUCUCAUAACCCUGACCUUAACGCUUUCGUGAUUAACGGUGUCCACUGUCCAGUCCCAUAAACACUCCCAAUUCCAAACCACAGUUUGCAUGAUAACAACAAACCCACUGCGCCAUUAUCACAAACACCUCGCGAACCAAGCACUGGUCGCCGUAAUCAAAGACCAUCCAUUCGAUGCCCACCCACCACCACAUUCUCCCAACCCUCCUUCGUGGACCGCCGACGCAGUCACGGAGGUGCUGCGAUCCAUCUCCCGAUACUCGUUCCAGUCCCCUCGCUCCAUGGGUCGCCAGAAAGGCUUCCGCCACCGCGCUCCGCUGCGACAACGCAACCUCAACGAGGAACACCGCAAGCUCCGCGCCAACGCCCUCGUUUUGGGCCCCGCCGCACACAGAGACCCUCGUAAAAUCAACCUCGGAGUAAACAAAGCCCUCGAGUUCUACCGUUGGGUCGAAACCCGUUUCGGUUUCGCCCACGUGGAAAGCACGUGCAGGGAGAUGGCGUGCGUGCUGGCGAGAGGGAACAGAAUGAAGACCCUUUGGGAUUUCUUGAAAGUGAUGUCCCAGAGAGAAAGGGACAAGCUUGUUACAACAGCGACCGUCACAUGUUUGAUAAAAGUCCUAGGAGAAGAAGGGCUUGCUAACGAAGCCUUGUUUACAUUUUAUAGAAUGAAGCAGUUCUAUUGCAGGCCAGAUGUUUAUGCAUACAACACUUUGAUCUAUGUACUUUGCAGGGUUGGGAACUUCAACAAGGCUAGGUUUUUGUUUGAGCAGAUGGAGUUGCCCGGGUUCCAGUGCCCACCGGAUAUCUUUACUUACACCAUACUGAUAAGUUCUUAUUGCAGGUAUGGUGUCCAAACCGGGUGCCGGAAGGCCACCCGGAGGAGGUUGUAUGAAGCCGGCCGUCUUUUCCGGCUUAUGCUAUUCAAGGGCUUUGUUCCUGAUGUUGUGACUUACAAUGCUUUGAUUGAUGGUUGCUGCAAGACCUACCGUGCUCAGAGAGCUUUGGAGUUGUUUGAUGAUAUGAAGAAAAGGGGCUGUGUCCCCAACCGUGUUACUUAUGAUUCUUUGAUUAGGUACUAUAGUGCUGUGAAUGAGAUUGAUAAGGCUGUUGCCAUGUUGAGGGAUAUGCAGAGGUUGAAUCAUGGAAUACCAAGUUCUAGUUCGUAUACUCCUAUCAUUCAUGCCCUUUGUGAAGCCGGAAGAGUUGUUGAUGCUUGGAGUUUUCUUGUUGAGUUGGUUGAUGGAGGGUCGGUACCUAGAGAAUAUACUUAUAGAUUGGUUUGUGAUGGGCUUCGAGCCUUAGGACAGGAUAGCUUGUUGGAUGAUGAAGUGCACAAGAGAAUAAAAGAUGGCAUAUGGAAGAGAUAUAGGCUAACAAUGAAAUUCAAACCAAUUAUGGCUCGCAAGGGGUAUCCCGAGUUGGAGCAAGUUUGAGUUUCUUUCAUUAAAAAUAACUGUUUAUGUUCGACAAAUCAAGAUUGCUGGUAAGAUACAAUAUUUUGUAUUGGCUUCCCAACUCAUUGUUUCAUAAUACAAUCGAAGUAA